GCAGCAUCAGGAAGAAAGAAGACGGGAUCUCACUUCAAUUCCGACUACAGUAUGAAACUUGCUAUCAUCCGAUCUGACUCGCAGACCACAGCCUCGCUUUCAAAAGAACGUCCAAGUGGAGACCCCUUCUGAGCGGCGAUUCAAAGACAUGCCUUACCCGCCCGAUACAACAUUAGAUCUAGAUUUGUCGGAUUUGUCUCGCUAUUCCCAACGGGAAGGGUUCAUGUUCCAACAGCUCGACAUAUCCCUCACGUGCCCACAUCAUGAAAAAAAGAACCAGAGAUGUCCCCCUCCUUCUCUUUCGCGAGCUCCAAGGCCAAUGGAUUUACACAGGUCUCAGACCCUUGCAACAUGCACAACCAAUGGCACACCAACCAAUAGAUCAACAAGAAGGCGUACAAAUAUGGCCCAAGGAGGAAACCAAGGCUGACGUGAUCGUUAAGGCUCAUCAUGUACGGAGUUCUAAUUUCCCCCGACCGGUAUUGGCUACCCCUCACUGGCGAUGUUGCUUGAGUUCUACCUACGGCAAAGACUUUCCACAUCGAUUGGGAUGGAGAAACUAUUCACGUCGCAGUCAGAGAGGUACAGGUACAACCGCAGAGCCUCUUCUUCAACCCCUCCGCUCCGUCCUCUUGGGUUUUCCUAUUCUGUGCCGCUUUUGCCCGACCAUCAGGGUCUCAUCCGAAAAUUCGCCAACUUACAUAAUGUCUACCACCCUUCGGCAUCCGCAAGAAAAAAAUCAAGAGGCGAAGAUGGCGCUGAGAAAUCAGGUACCAGUCAGGUACGUACAUCAACAGUUGGGGGUUCAUCCCUGUGUGCCGUUUGAUCUUCGUUUCUCGUUUCUCCGCGCCCUCGCCGCCCUCUUUUCCCCCUCUGUUGAUCACUCCGUAUCACUGGUCGACUGUCCCCCAUCUACUACGCACAACACACAAUCUUCAUUCUUAACCCCCACGCUGGCACGUAUGCAUGAGACGUUGUUGCCGUUGAGCCGUUUGAAUCGAACAAAGUCUUUCAACGUAGGGUCUGGUGUACCUACGAUGCAGACACAAACGUCUAUGCAGAAUAUCGUACAUACACAGUAUGUUAAAUGCGACACCCAAAAAAUGCCUACUUCGCACAUAGACUGCGACUAGGAGAGAUCUGUCAGGGCAUAUGCUGGAUGCCAGUGUCGUACAGUUGACUCUGCUGCAAUUCUUCUCUUCCGUCUGUUUCAUUUCUGUCCUGACUCAUAUCGGCGGCCCGUCUUUGCAGGUUUUCGAACCCACAGCAAAGACAGAGAGGCAGACCGAGAGACUGGUUUGGAAAGCUUGGUAGGAGGCAAGGUCUCACAGGGUAAGGCGAACCUUGUGAAGUCUCCAAAGAUCACCUCAAUGGAAAUAGGC